AUGAAAUUGAUUGCAACAUUAUUGGUUGUGUUAGUAUGCGUAAGUGCAGCUCCAAGAAAUCCAUUUGAUUAUUCAAAGAAGAGAUCUUUGACAGCAGUCAUGGCUGAAGUUGAAGCAAAAUUAAACAACAAAUCACCACUCGAUGCUAUAUUGAAUGUCUUAAGAGAUUUCAGAGAUGCAGUAAACACAGAAUAAGUUAAUCAUGAUGAAAUUUACAACACAUAAUAAGCUGAAUGUGCUUCUGAAAAUGAAUUCAGAUCUAGAUAAGUUUAAGAUGCUUAAACAGUAUUAAGAGAUUCUACUGCUGCUUUGAAUGUCUGCAACACAUCUAAGAUUAGAACAACCAACAUCUAAGAAGUCAAUUAAUAAUAAUAUUAAUCAGCUUAAGAACAUAUGGCUACAGUCUUGAACACUGCUGAAACUGAAGCUGGAUAUUUCAAGAGAAGAGGAAGAGAUUAUGAAGAUGCUCUCCAUGCUAUUGAUGAAGCUUAAGAUAUCUUAGCUACAAUUUAUAGUGGAUCUGGAUCAUUUGCUGAAAUCAGUAGAGUUUCAAAGAGUAUGCUUUAAACUGCAUUCAACAUCAAGGAAACAGCUAAAUUUGCACCAAUCUUCUAUGCCUUUGCUUAAUUAGCUGCAUAAGAAGGAUAACUUGAUGAAUCAGCUCUUGAAAGAGUUGCUUAACUUUUAGAUACCUUGAGAUCAAAUAUCUAAGAAGCUUAUAAUGAUUACACUACCUCAAAUGCUGCUUCAGUUGCUGCUUUCAAUGACUAAAAGGAAAGAUUAGGAUAAACCAUUGCCAGACUUGAAGCUUAAAAUGAAAGACUCUAAAAUAAGUUAACCAACUUAGUUUAAUGCAUUGGAACUCAAUCUGCUAUUGCUUAAACCGCCUCUGGUAAACUCUAAAGAAACUAAUAACUUUGGGAUUAAGCCUAAACCUUAUGUUCAACCUUUGCCAAUGAAUACAAUUAUGCCACUUAAGCCAGAAGAAACGAACUCUAAUUAGUUGCUUAAUUAGAAGAGAUGGUUGCUGAAAGAUUCGACUAAGUUGAAGAUGAAAAUCACGAAAGAAACCAAAGACUCGCUUCAUAAGUUGAUUAUUGAUUUUAUCAACCAUAAAAAUAUUUUAAACAAAUAUCAAUUUU